AAGCCUAUCUCAGUUUUGAGCUUUUUCAAGCUGCAGGGAGCCGAAUGGCGCACAGUUUUAAGAGUUAACGUUUAGACAUCUCCUUUAUGUUUCCGUGGAUUUUACUAAUUUCCUAAAAACUUUUGGGAAUCGAGGCGACUUGCACGGUGUAAGAAAGGGAGAAUCUUUCCUUGCAGUUCGUGACAACGCAGCCGGGAUACAAACUUCGAGCUUCGUGCACAAAACGUCUAGAUUGACUCGGCCAGUAAUUAACAGGUCCUGAGUCGCUAGGACGGCGCUUCGUUGCAGGUAACAGUGGGAAUAUUUAAAGAUGUUGGACGGUAUAAAACUUGAAGACCAUCCGCUGCGGUCGGGACAAGCUACACUUGGAGUAAUGCUGGGGACAGAGUGCCAUCACCAGGCGGUGUGUGAGGGGUGCCAGCGGCCCAUAUCCGACCGCUUUCUGAUGCGCGUCAACGAGUCUUCAUGGCACGAGGAGUGUUUGCAAUGCGCCGUUUGUCAACAACCGCUCACUACCAGCUGCUACUUCCGGGAGAGGAAACUUUACUGCAAACAUGACUACCAACAGUUAUUCGCCACCAAAUGCAGCGGGUGUCUGGAGAAGAUCGCCCCCACUGAGUUCGUGAUGCGGGCGCUCGAGUGCGUGUAUCACCUCAACUGCUUCUGCUGCUGUGUGUGUGACCGUCAGCUACGGAAAGGGGAUGAAUUCGUACUGAAGGAUGGACAGCUGCUCUGCAAAAGCGACUACGAGAAGGAGAAAGAUUUGCUCGGCUCCGUCAGCCCAGAUGAUUCAGAUUCAGAGAAGAGUGAAGAUGAGGAGCUGGAUAUUAAGCCGGAGAAGGGCUCUGGAGGUACUGGGAAGGGAGAUGAUGGGAAAGACCCCAGAAGACCCAAGCGACCACGCACCAUCCUCACAACGCAGCAGAGACGUGCCUUCAAGGCAUCAUUUGAGGUUUCUUCAAAACCAUGCCGGAAGGUUAGAGAGACGUUGGCUGCAGAGACCGGUCUGAGCGUGCGUGUCGUUCAAGUGUGGUUCCAGAAUCAAAGAGCUAAGAUGAAGAAGUUGGCACGGAGACAGCAGCAGCAACAGGAGCAGCAGAACUCCCAAAGGCUGGGCCAAGAGGUGAUGUCCAAUAGGAUGGAGGGCAUGAUGAACUCCUACACGCCAUUGGCUCCUGCCCAGCAGCAGAUGGUUGCCAUGGAGAACGGUUACAGCACCGAUCCCUUCCAGCAGGGCCUCACCCCACCUCAAAUGCCCGGUGACCACAUGAACCCAUAUGGAAACGACUCGAUAUUCCACGACAUUGACAGCGACACUUCAUUGACCAGCCUCAGUGACUGCUUCAUGGCCUCGUCCGAGGCGGGCUCCAUGCAGGCCAGGGUGGGGAAUCCCAUCGACCGACUCUAUUCCAUGCAGAGCUCCUACUUUGCUUCGUGAAAAUCCAAAUAGACAACGAAAGGCAAAAGUGGGUCACUCACUACAGCUCACUGGUCUCCUCAACAUACGCCGCCUAUCACGGAAACCAAAUCCUCAGCAAAAAUCGAACACGGGCCAACCAGGAAAAACCAGAAAAGACAAGCGAACUCGAGGGCGGAGCGUCCUCAUUUUUCGGCAGUGAAGAGCCAGCUCAGGAUGCCCAGGCUCCUGAGGCUGUCAGGUUUUUUCUAGUUACUUGUAGAUUAUUUGUACAGGACUUUCUCAGAAGUAACAUUUCACCUUCUCGUCAUCGACUUGUGGGAAAAAAAGACUUAUUGAUGAACAGUUUCAGUCGCUGAAGCAUCAAACGUCCACUUUGAAAAACUCUUGCUGAGAGGAGCAGAGGACCAAGACGCAGUUCAUAGUGCAUGAAUCCAUAUCCUUGUGAUUGUUAUGUUGAAAAUUUGAAAAAAAAAUCUUGUGUUGUUCAGAUGUUGAAAUGUAAUGUUUGGACUCGGUUUUCUCUUUUCAUUAUGUUCAGCAUUACAUUUUUUAUCACUUUAAUAGAUUAGCCCUCUGAAAGUCAAUGUAGAGAAGCUUAGAGGGGGAUAUAUGUAUAGUAUAUCUGCAUUUGUUAAGGUUGUGUGUUUUUGUGUGUGACCAGCUGGGAUGAAUGUGUGUGUGUGGUUGCGUGAGUUUACGUGUGUGUGUGUGUGUGUGUAUGUGUGCGUAUAUGUGAAAGCCGGUAGGGGACUGUCAUUGUAAGCUCGAACCAUGUGUAUAUAUACUUUUCCCAAACAAAUCAUUUGUGCAUGUUAAAAAUGGAGAUCAUUCUAUUUAUUUAACUAAAACAUGCUUUUGAAGGUACUUAAACUGAAAAGCUUUAUUUAAAAAGGAGAAAAUCAUGUUCAGUAGAAGACACAUUAAUUUCUCAACACAUUUGUAUGUCUUUUAAUUAUGAAAUACGGUGGAUUCUUAUUCCAGCAGUGUACAUCAGCAAAAUUGUGCUAUUUAUUUGUUACAGCCCUGACAUUGUUGAAAAUGUGUUUCCAAAUGCGAGGAUUGCUAAAUUGCCAAAGUCUGUUGGUACAAUGAAUAAAGUCCUUUUC